CUCAGCUGGGUCAGGGGGCGGAGCCUCAGGUGUGUCAGCUCUAGUCAGGUUUGGAUCAGAACCGGUUCAGACUCCAUGCAGCAGCAGAGCAGCGUCUGGAUCAGGCCAGAAGAUGGAAGAUCAGGACAGAGCAGAACCUCCAGGACCCAUCAGUCCAUCUAUGAGGAGUGAUUGGUCCAAAGGUCUUCCUCCAGACUUCAGUAAUGAACCUGAACCAUCAGACAGAAAGAGCUGUGAGUGUGAAGAAAGACCCAGAACAGGAGCUGAACGGCCGACAGCCAAUCAGAGCAGCUGUUCUCCAGAUUUUGAUAUUCGGUGUCAGAGUGACCAUAAAGCGUCUCUGAAGAAGAAGUUCCAGAGUCUCUCUGAAGGCGUCGCUGAACCUGGAAAUCAAACCGUUCUGAACCAGAUCUACACAGAGCUCCACAUCACAGAGGGGUUAACUAGAGAGGUCAACCAGGAACAUGAGGUCAGACACAUUGAAACAGCAUCCUGGAAACAAGAAACAAUCAGAAGAGAAGACAUCUUUAAAGUCCCACCUGGAAGAGAUCAACCAAUCAGAACAGUGAUGACCAUGGGAGUGGCUGGCAUUGGGAAAACACUGUUAACACAGAAGUUCACUCUGGACUGGGCUGAAGGCAAAACCAACCAGAACAUUGAUUUCAUAUUUCCAUUCACUUUCAGAGAGCUGAAUAUGUUGAAAGAAGAAAAGUUCAGCUUAUUAGGACUGAUUCAUAAAUUAUUUUCUAAAACCAAAGAAAUCAGCAGCUUUGAAACGUUCCAGGUUCUGUUCAUCUUUGAUGGUCUGGAUGAAAGUCGAUUUACUCUGAAUUUCAAGAACAAUCCGAUCCUGACUGAUGUUACAGAGUCCAGCUCAGUGGAUGUUCUGGUGACAAACCUCAUCAGGAGGAAACUGCUUCCCUCUGCUCUCCUCUGGAUAACCACACGACCUGCAGCAGCCAAUCAGAUCCCUGCUGAGUGUGUCGACAUGGCAACAGAGGUCAGAGGGUUCACUGACCCCCAGAAGGAGGAGUACUUCAGGAAGAGAUUCAGAGAUGAUGAAGAGAAGGCCAGCAGGAUCAUCUCCCACAUCCAGAAAUCAAAAAGUCUCCACAUCAUGUGUCACAUCCCAGUUUUCUGCUGGAUCACUGCUAAAGUUCUGGAGGAUGUGAUGAAGACCAGAGAGGGAGAAAAACUGCCAAAGACUCUGACUGAGAUGUACAUAGCAUUCCUGGAGGUUAACUUCGCAAUCAAGAAGGAAAAGUAUGAUGGAGGAAAAAAGACAAGAUCAAUCUGGAGUCCAGAGAACAAGAAGCUGAUUGAGUCUCUAGGAAAACUGGCUUUUGAGCAGCUGCUGGAGGGAAACCUGAUCUUCUAUGACGAAGAGCUCAAAAAGUGCGGCAUCAACAUCAAAGAUGCUGCGUUGUUCUCAGGAGUGUUCACUGAAAUGUUUAAAAGAGAGAGAGGGACGUGCGACAUCUCCGUCUACUCCUUUGUUCAUCUGAGCAUCCAGGAGUUUCUGGCUGCAGUCUACAUGCUCCACUGUUUCACCAGCAGGAAGUCAGAGGUGAUCAAGACGUUUCUGGGAGAAAAAUACAGAGAAACAUCUCUAGAUGAGUUCAUGGAGGAAGUCAUGGAGAAAUCCCUCAGCAGUGAAAAUGGCCACCUGGACCUGUUUGUCCGCUUCCUUCAUGGUCUCACUGUGGAGUCCAACCAGAGACUCUUAGAAGAUCUGCUGGGUCAGACAGAGAACAGUCCAGGAACCAUCCAGAGAAUCAUCACCAACCUGAAGGAGAUGAACACUGAUAGAAUCUCUACUGACAGAAUCAUCAACAUCUUCUACUGUCUGGUGGAGAUGAACGACGUCUCAUUUUAUCAGGAGAUCCAACGGCUGCUGGAUUCAGGGAAGAAGCUCUCAGAGACUCACUGUUCAGCUCUGGCCUUCAUGCUGCAGAUGUCAGAGGUUCUGGAUGAGUUGGACCUGGAGAAGUACAACACAUCAGAAUCAGGACGACAGAGACUGGUUCCAGCUGUGAGGAACUGCAGAAAGGCUCGACUUGGUGGCUGUUGGCUCCAAAAGGCUGAAUGUGAAGUUUUGGCCUCGGCUCUGAAGUCCAACCCAGAUCUGACUGAACUGGAAAUAAAUCAGAUCUACAUAAAUGGAGGUGGAGACUCUGAUCUGAAGCCUGUGGUUGAGAUCCUGGAGAGUUCAGUCAGUAAAGUGAAGAAUCUGAGAUUGGACUGCAGUUUGUCAGAGACCAGCUGGACUUCUCUGUUCUCAGCUCUGAAGUCCAAACCGACCCAUCUGACAAAACUGGAGCUGAUCUACACCAACCUGGAAGAUUCUGGAGUGAAGGAGCUCUGUGGUUUUCUACAGACUGAAGGCUGCAGACUGGAGACAUUGAAAUUGUGGAACUGCAGUUUGUCAAAGAUCAGCUGUGAUUAUUUGGCCUCAACUCUGAAGUCCAACCCGACCCGUCUGACAAAACUGGACCUGGGAGGAAACAACCUGAAGGAUUCAGAUGUUCAGCAGCUGAAGAAUCUUGUAAAGACUUUAAAGUGCUAUCCACAGGAUGUCUACAUUAGAGCUUACCGUAAUUAUGACUGAUCCCAGUAAAGUAGAAAAUGGUCUCAGUGUCCUGCUGAUCCUCAGAGGUUGAAGCUGCAGCAGUUUGAGUCUAAAGAGACUCUGACUGGAUCAUAAUGAUGACCUCUGACCUCCAAGGUUUUCCUCCUGUUUAUAUUCUCAUGUCUGUCAUUUAGUGUCUGAUAUUGUUUGUCUCUUUGGAUCAAUAAAGAUCCAAUUCAAACUUGGCUCCAUUUAGAGGCUUCAUGGAGUUUUGAUCUGAACUGGAUUCAACUGGAAAGUUGAUCUUUUUUCUCUCUGAUUCAUUUUCAUCCUGGAACCAGAAAUGGUCUGAGAAUGGAAACAUGGGAAUCAUUUUCAGUUCAGCUUUGAAGCCAUGAAAGACACUUCAAACCUCUUUUCUCUGCUGCUUCUUCCUUCUGCUGACAUGAAAAUGUUCCUCAAAGCUCCACAGAUAAAAAGAUGCUUUACUGGAAACUGCAGAGAAACUUCAGCUUCCAUCAGAGAAACCAGUUUAACCAGUUUAGAACUGGAUGUCCUACAGAAACUCUGAUCUUAGAGCAGUUUUCAGGAACAUGUGGAACCUGGAAAAAAAAAGAUUUUAUAUAUUUUAUGUUCAUUGUAAAAGCUAAAUCUUGAAGUUUUACGUCAUUAUUGAAAUAAAGUUUUUUUAAAAAUC